AUGGAGUGCGAUCGCUACGUAUCGCCUUCUGACCGGGAGGCUGUCGGCAGUUAUAACCUACAUCCCGAGGCGAGACUGGAACUCGAAAAGCAAAUCACGCUUGGUGGUGCAUCGCAUCCCACCCCCAGCCGCUUGAAGGCCAAGACGCGUAUUCUACGAGCAUCAGACGUUCUACUAUCCUUGGCUGGAAGAUCUACAAGCGACCCGUCAGAACGAGCAGGGGGACUUGAAAACUUCCAAGAGGUUCUGCGCUUAUUUCCACCCUUUCGAGAUGACGAUGGAGCAACUUUCGGGGCAAUUGACGUCAAAUGUCCUGACUGCGAUGCGGUGUUUUCUUCCUCCACCGAGCUCAACAACCACUAUCUCACGCGAUUCUGCCCCGGCGCUGCCGUCGCCGUAUACGUGAUGACGCGAGAUCGACUAAUUACAAAGGGUUACCGCAUGGAGAAGCGACUCAUUCCUCUAGAUUGUCGUCCUAUGCGUUUCUUCUGCAACAGCUGUGAGAGACACUUUGCAGUUGGUGAUAAUGGUGAAAGGGUGGAUAGGCAGCGCAACAUGCCAUCCUUCGUCACCUGCAAGCAUUGCGGAGAGAAAUGUAAUAUCUCGUCAGUAUCCACCCAUCAUUGUCCAGUCCGCGAGCAUGCAGAAGUCAGCUUCUUACACGAUUCUCACAGAUAUGAGCCUAUUCUGAAUGACCCACGCGAUGAUGCAAGUUUUCGAGACGUGCAGAGAGAUCUUUCAAGUAUAGCCCACAGCCGGAGUCCUAGCCUUGCUCCAAAGAGCACCAUGGGAUCUAAAUUCCCCACAACCCCUGUAUCCGGUAUCGAUCAGCCGUCUUUCGCAAGGCGUGCGAGAAAGUUACGAGAUUCAUGGUCUCAUAGGAAGUUUUCGCAGAGCGAUGAAGAUGAAUUGAUAGCGAUUAGCUUUGCUGGGAUAUACGACUUGGAGAAAGUACAUGCUCCCAAUGGCACAUACCAGCAGUUUGAGGGCAGUGCGACUGAGACUAAUGGGCAAUCGGUAUCAAGCUUUACUUCGAGUGCUUGCGAUACACCUAUCCUAGGUAGCAAAAGGGACGAGUUGACCCUUUGCGGAGAUGAACACCACAGAAACCAUCUACAGGCUGAGUCACAGGGAGAUCUAAUGUAUCCAAACGGUAGCCCACAGGACAACACGGUCUCGUCGAAGAGACAAUCAUUUCUCCAGAAGCUUUUUGGACGGAAGACUCCCAAGGGCCCAUCGCGCGCGCGUUCAACUUCCAACCGAGGCAAGAAGCUAAUAAAGAGAGCAAACACGAUACGAUUUUCAUUAGUCGCCAAAUACGCCCGGAGUGAGAGCAGAGCAGCUACACGAGAGACCUUGGGGACUGCAGAUGAAUCACAGCCAGCCGACACCCCGGAAAUUAGGCAAGAGCCAGAUUCUCCGGUCGUUUCAGAUGCCGAGUACGUUGCAUUACUACGAGGCAGCCAGAACGUCUUCAUCCACAUGCAGUACAUCUCGGGAGGAGCCGUGGUUCAUGAUGAGUCCGGACGUCAGCGAAUCCUUCAGAUGGACGAAGUGGCUCAACUCUACCUCCAGUUGAAGGAUGAAUUGUCGGCCGCCACGAUCUGGUCCCAAGCACUUACCACUCGCCUAAGGGCAGAAGCGGCGCUAAAUCAAGGAAACUACACGGCAGCGGUGGUCGAAUAUCAUGACGCCUUGAAGAUGCUGGAAGUCACACCGGCGCUGGAUGCCGAUAAGUUAUCACGCGCUGCCAUGUUGCACUCCCUAGGCCAGGCUUACCGCAAUUUAGACAUGCCAACAGAAUCUGAAGCAUGUUAUCUCGAAUCGCUAGGACUCUAUAAGCGCACGCUCGGACGAGACAACCAGAAGAACUAUGCCGUCCUUCACGACCUCGGAGCCCUCUGCGAGAAAGAUGGGUAUGCCACCGAAGCCGCCGCGUUGUACGAGCGCUCAUUCGCCGGACGACUGAAAACCCUCGGUAACAACGCCCCCGAAACGCUAAGUAGCAUGCAGGAUCUUGCUUCUCUCAAAGUCUCGUUGGGAGACCUCGAGUCGGCGCUUCUUCUCCUCGAAAAGGCGGUCCCGGCACUUGAUACUGUCUUCGGGCUACAGAAUGCAACCACACUGAACGCAAUGAACCAGCUCUCUCUUCUCUAUCAAAAGCUCGGUCUAGACAACGAGUCUCGCACUAUCUGUGGCCGGACCAUCCCUCACUGUAGGACCUUCUUCGGCAUCACCAGCCCUAUCACCCGAGACGUCGUCGUGCGCUACCUUCAAAGCUCCGAAAACUUCGACUUUCCUGCGGACAUCAAAGACGUCCUAGAUCAAUAUCAACGGUCUCGCGAUCCGGACGCCCUGCGUGUCAUCCACCGUCUCGGCCGAUCGUACAUGGACGCGGGUCUCAACCGAGACGCAGCUGACCUUUUCGAGGCCCUUGUCGAGGAUUUCCUAGCUGUUAGGGGUCCGGAAGCCCCCGAGACGUUUGACGCGCUCAGUGCGCUGUGUGUGUCCCGGGAACACCUCGAUUCUGUCGACAAGGCGAUCCUGGCAUACAAGCAGCUCGUCCAUAUGGCCGGCAGGACCCCCGAGCACCACCACUCGCGCAAGCGAAUCGGAUACGCCGAGAAACGCAUCUCGGAAUUGAACCGCCGACGAGACAUUCUUGCAGCGGAGAGGAAAGAAUGGAUGCUGCAUGAGCCCGGUCUAUGCGAGAACUGCGGAUGCACCACGACCGUCCUCUGCAACACCUGCAAGAUCUUCCGAUUCUGCAACGAAUCCUGCCACCAGCUCGGCGUCGCCGCCCACUUCCCCUACUGCAUCCCAUCCGUCUCGCUGCGCGAAUCCAAGUCUCUCGCCGUGAAGCCCAAAUGCCCGACCUCGAUGCGCGACCAAGCCAUCUCCAAGAUCCGCCGCUUCAACGGCACCAGCGACGGCAACAAGUCCGUGACCGUGACCGCCAGCUUCACCUUCUACCUGGACCCGCGCAACUUCUCGACCUUCCGCAUGCGCCUCAACAACGCCGCCAACACCGUCAUCCUGUUCUCCCUCGACUCCGACAUCCAAUACACCACCAUCGACAACCCGCCCCUGGACCUCUCCACCAGCACCAACACCAACACUACCACCUCCUCCCCGGUCUCCUCGACCUCCACGUCUGCCACCGACCUCAAGGGCGUGCAGUGGCUGUCACCCGAUCGCCAGGAAGCCAUCUGCUACGAGCCCGGCGACGCGUCCGCCACGCAGUCGCGGUACGUCCUCGUCACGCCGGGCCGCGAGAUGCUCAAGACCCUCAUCGAUAAGCGCGUCGGGGUGCGCGCCGGCGGCGGCGACGCCGAUCGCUUUAAGAGCCUCGAGUUGCCCGAUAACGAGCUGAUCGAGUAUGCGCAGGGCUUGCUGCUGACGGGAUACCUAGGGGAGGCGUUCAUGUAUGUGAUUGAGUGGGUGUGGAAAUGAAAAGGGGAGUGAAUAUAUAUAUAAUUUGCAUAUCAUUUACAUUAUCUUUUUUUUUCUUUGGGAGGAUCGGUUUUAUUGCUUGCUUGGUUGAUAUCUCUCUGUUUUGGGGCAAGGAAAAGAAGGAGGAAAAAGAGCACAUGGUUGGACAUUCAUUUUUUGGAGCUUUAUUUAUUCUCUCUUCUCAUUCUAUCUGGUCUUCGAUUAGACCCUGGGUUCUUUCUUUUUAUUUCAAUCUUUAUUAUGUGUUUGUUUAUCGUCAGCUUAUUCUUGAUCUAUAAACUGCGCUGUAUUGAUAUUGUUCGCGUCAUCUGUCUACUCGUCUAUUUGCCUUGUUUGGUUAUUUUGGUCACUAUAUCCAAGUCAUUGCAUCUAAAAUCG